GUGAGUUUUCAGCUUACAUUUGAGUGUCUGACGUUCUAGCUAAAGAGAUUGAGCCUGGCAGCCAGCAAUAUGUCCUGUAGCAUAACCGUUAGCCAUCUUUGGAAUAUUUUGGAUCAUUGUUGAUGAAUGAUAAGAGUGAGAACGAAUCGAACGUGCUGGAUCCUGCACUGUUCUAGCUACCAGAUGAACAUUUCAGUGUGAUAUACUUUGUGUAGCUUGUUUUGUUGUGGAUGGAAAUCUGAAAACAAUAGCAUGUCUUGAACUAAUGAUAACCAUUACUGGAAAAAUCACUUUCCUGUGGAUUCAAAGUAGCUUUUUCAGUUGGAUCAAAGUAAACUAAAGUACAAAUGCAGAUUUAAUUGUGAAAGAAUGUCCAAUAUUGGAAGAACUGCCCGCAACCCCGGCUUGGUCUACCAGUACUGGAACUGGGAAAGAUCAGUGGGCAUUGACUGCAGUUCUCCAGAGCCCCGCUGCAUUUGGUUAGCUGCACUAAGGAAUGUGACCUCCGAGGUAAACCCCAGGAAGAAGAGGGACCGUGAUAUCUCAGCUGUCAAAAGAAAGCACAGCUUUCCUGUUUGGGAAGAGGAGGAGAAGAAGUUGUUGCUGACUAAAACUCAACGAGAUGAGAAAAAUCCCAACGAAAAUGCUAACAUGGUACAGGAUGAAAUAUUUUCAUGGCCUGGUCCAAAGACUCUGCUGCUACAGAAGAACUCUCAAGGUUUUGGAUUUACACUGAGGCACUUCAUUGUAUACCCUCCAGAAUCAACUUUGCAUCCGAGCUUUAAGGAUGAAGAAAAUGCAAAUGGAAAAGGUCAUCAGAAAAGUCGAGCAGAGCCUAUGGAUACCAUCUUUGUUAAAAGUGUAAAGGAAGGGGGAGCAGCAUAUCGUGCUGGUUUAUGUACAGGUGAUCGUAUUGUGAAAGUGAAUGCAGAAAGUGUAAUUGGCAAAACAUAUUCUCAAGUAAUAUCCUUAAUUCAGAACAGUGAGGAUGUGUUGGAACUUUCAGUAAUGUCCAAAGAUGAAGACAUUUUGCAGGUGCCUCCUUCAGUUGGGAGGGCAGGCGAGCAAGCUGUGUACUUCUGCCUGACUUCAGCAUCAAUAUCUUCCCAUGCUCAUUUGACAGUAGAUACCUGUGAGGCCUACUCACAAGAUGCUUAUCUGAAAGGCAAUGAUCCAUAUUCUGGUAGUGCUCAGCACAUACCAGAGCCUCCGCCUAUAUGUUAUCCUCGACAUUUGGCCAUGACCCAAACUGCAGAGCCUUUAUGGACAGAGUCUUCACAAGGCCGACAGAUCGACAAUAGGAUUUACAACACUGGCUCAGGUUCUGACAGGGGAUUCUACUCUAACCCAUCCUCACCUCCCGACAGUGUUACCACAACUAGUAGCAUAUGGUGCGAAGGAAGGGCGAAAGCACGAUCUUCAGAUAUUUUGGCUGAGAUUGGAAUAGCUCAUUCAAGUCAUAUGCAUCAUGUGGAGGAGUUACAGUAUGGGAUGAAGCAGAAAUCAUUCCUAGUGAGUGGAAUACCUUUUUCCGCCUCUUCAAAUGCAGCCCAUGGUAACUCAAUUACACAGGGCCGAAUGAGCAGUAAACAUGGUUCCAUUACGACUGUGCAAGAUAGGUAUGGGGGACAUCCCAAAGAUUUUCCUUUUCCACUAGCUUCAAACCACAGCAUUUAUUCAGCUCCAAAGAAUAACAUUGAUCAGAGGAGUUACAUCAGUUCUGAGGGAAAAAUGAAAAAUGACUAUUUUAAAUCUGACAUUAAGAAGUCAUGGGAGCAAUUUGGCAGCCCAAAAACAACCAAACAACAAAAGAACCCGCCCAGUUGGCGAUCAGCACAAUUACCACGUCGAAGCUCCUCUGAAGAUCGCUGUUACUCUGCUAUGCCCCCAAAAUACAGAAGUUUCUCCCAGGACAGACUUGAGGAGACUUCAUUGCACAAACAUUGGCCUCACAGUGCUUCCCAGGACACACUACUUUCCCCGAUGAAUGAAUCAUGGAGUCUGCGGACUCGAUCAGAAGACUAUUUGGGGAAAUGUGACAAAUCUUUAGAGAAUUUAACGUGUGAUUCCUUUACAGCAGCUAGGGAUAGAUUGUUGUGGACACAUUCAAAGACUGGAGCAACAAAUGAUGAGAUUUUCACAUCUGGCAGACAAGAACAAAUCUUUUGGCAACAGUAUAGACCAGCAGGCCAUUCAUCAGGAACUACUGCAAUGCAUGGCCAGAAGAAUUUAUCUCAACAGACCUCGAGCAAAAUGAAUGCAUAUUACAAUAAUACUAACUCUAGAGUGUCUAUUCCUCCUCGGCAACAAUGCAGGAACGCAACUGGUAAUGCUCACUCUGUAAAGAGGAUAGAUGCUGUGCCUGUAGAUCAUCUGCCUGUCAGUAUUUCUCAAAACAAAACAUCUCAUCUUUCACAUAGGACAGUGUUUGGUUCUGCUUUGACUGCUCGUGCACCUAAGGUUGAUCGUUGUGCACCCUGUCAAGUACAGAGAAUUGAUGUUCCCGUGGUUCAUGACCAAAGACUGACCAAUCAUGAUCGGCAGGAUGGUUUGUAUCAAAAACCAUCAGACAAGAACUCAAACAAGGGUGCAGUGCCUCAACAUGAGAUCCAACUAUUUGCUGUUGCAAAGCCAGGAACAUCCAGAAUCUCUGAAUGUGUCAGUAAUAUUCCUCAGGAGAUUGCACAGAAGGAACAGGAAACAUCACAAAUUAACGAAACUGUAAUUUUAAGGCAAAAACCUCCUACAGGGCGUAGGAUACCACAUCCUGUCAGGCACCCAGCCUACAUAGCAGCUGUGGAUUCACCAGAACUUUCACCUGCAAAUUUGAUUCCAGCUGACAAAUCUGAAAAUGCAUCUUUGGAGCAAACAAAUGGAAAGCUGGUAAGAAGAGAUGCAAAAUCAUCAGAAGAUUCCUUGGCCUCAAUUCCAUAUAUAGAUGAGCCAACAAGCCCAAGUGUUGACCUGGUAGCAGGUCACAUCCCUGCUUCAUCUGUUGUUUCAAGUGGUCAGAAUUUUGCUCCAACAAUCAUCACUAGUCCUGCUUCUCCAACUUUCAUCUUUCCCCCUGUUCACUCACGCCAUUACUCUCAGGAUUGCAGCAACAUAAAAGCCAGUCGACGAUCAUCCUAUCUUCUUGCCAUAACAACAGAAAGGUCAAAGUCUUGUGAUGAGGGACUGAACACAUAUCGGGAUGAAGGAAAAGUGAAAUUGCCGAAAAGGGUUCCUAGUCUGAAGCUGCUGCGGAGCUUUUUCACAGAUGGGUCCUUGGAUAACUUGGAAGAUACUGAAAGCACAAGGUCUAAGCGACAUUCCACGUCUGAACUCUGUGAUGUGACUUUCAGUGACGUCAGAAAAGAAGGAUGGUUGUACUUUCGGCAACUUGUCACAGAGAAGGGAAAGAGAGUUGUAAGCAGCAUUCGUUCCUGGAAAAAGGUGUAUGCUGUCCUGAGAUCACAUUCCCUAUACCUGUACAAGGAUAAAAGAGAUGCAGUGACUUAUGACUGUGAGGAUGAACAGCCCAUUUGUAUUAAGGCCUGUUUGAUUGAUAUUUCAUACAGUGAGACUAAAAGGAAGAAUGUUUUCAGGCUGACUACAUCCGAUUUUUAUGAAUACCUAUUCCAAGCUGAAGAUAGAGACGAUAUGUUGAACUGGAUUAAAAUCAUCCAAGAGAAUAGUAAAACAGAAGGAGAAGACACAAGUUCAAGACUGAUCGAAGUAAAAUUAAAGGAAUACAGAAACCAGAGUCCCGCAAAUAACAAGUCUGAUUCUUCGCCAAAGGGAUCUCGUCACCAUGUCACGCGACGUCCACGAUCUCCCAGGCAAGAUAAUGUGAACAAAGAUGAAAGUAGCCUUUUGAAGGACAAGAGUUCUUGGUUGAACAUAAUGAAGAAAACCAAAAAAACAGUUUCAGGAGCAGCUUUUGGUGUUCGAUUAGAAGAGUGUCAACCUGGAAUAAAUAACAAGUUUAUUCCACUAAUAGUGGAGGUAUGUUGUAAAUUAGUGGAGGAGAAAGGUUUGGAGAACACUGGGAUCUAUAGGGUACCAGGGAACAAUGCCAUGGUCUCCAGCCUGCAAGAACAACUGAAUAAGGGAAUGACUGAUCUUAAUACCUCAGAAGAAAAAUGGCAGGACUUGAAUGUGAUUAGCAGCUUGCUUAAGCUGUUCUUCCGAAAGCUUCCUGAACCUCUCUUUACAGAUGAUAAAUACAAUGAUUUCAUUGAAACCAACAGACUGGAGAAUGCGGCAGAAAGGCUUCAAAAAUUUAAGAAACUGCUUCGGAAAUUACCAGAAAAUUAUUUUGAAACCCUGAAGUUCCUCACAGGACACCUGAAGACUGUAGCGGAUCACUCGGAAAAGAACAAGAUGGAGCCGCGGAAUUUAGCAUUGGUAUUUGGUCCUACCCUAGUCAGAACAUCAGAAGACAAAAUGAUUGACAUGGUGACGCACAUGCAAGAUCGGUACAAAAUAAUUGAAACCUUAAUACAGCAUUAUGAUUGGUUUUUUAAUGAAGACAGGGACAUGGAUGAAAAGGCUCCAGUUGACCAUGGGGGUAAUACAGAAUUACAGCCAGUACCAAACAUAGACCAUCUGCUGUCAAACAUUGGGAGAACUGGAGGAGCACCAGGGGAUAUCUCAGAUUCAACUACAAGUGAUUCAGCAAAGUCUAAGGGAUCGUGGGGAUCCAGAAAGGAUCUGUACAACAAGGAGCUGGUGAUGUCAAUCUUUGCAGCAGCCAACCGUAAGAGAAAAAAGCAAAAAGAGGCAAAGGUGCUUGAGAGUAGCACAGAUGAUGAUUCAGAACAUGAACCUAUUAAGGCUAUUAACAAAGAUGGAGCAGUAGACAAAACAGAAGCAGACAGACAGAAAGAUGCAACUGAACAGAAGGAGAGACAGUUGGCAAAUACCAGAAACAGAGGAGUACAGCAAAUUCGUCAACCUAUUGCUAAUAAAGAACUUCAGAAGAUGUCAGGAGAAUCUAAUAAUUCCAAACAGAGCGAUAUCCAGAGAUCCCAGUGGGAGCAUGUUGAUGAAUCCACUCUAAACUCUUCAUCUCCACAAUGUAGUCCAUCCUCAGUUGGUCUUGAAUGUUCAUUUAAAGAAGGACCCUCCCUCAAAUUAUUGGAUUCAGAAGGAAGAAACAGUACAGGUAGCCAGACAACUACUGUAAGUCCUCAGUCUCACAGUAAUAGUGAAAUAUUUUCCAGAAAUCCCAAGCUGAAGAUGUGGCAGAUGGAGCACAGAGAGACAAUUCCCACUGAUGCUAGCUCCGUUGUUUCAGGAUAUUCGACAAUUUCAUCCACAGUAACAACCCUAGAUCACAACUUUAGUUCUGAGGUACAAUCGAUUGCAGAAAGCAGGGGUGAUGAAGCUGAUGAUGAAAGAAGCGAGCUCAUCAGUGAGUAUGGAGGCCCCAUUGAAACAGACAAUGAAAGUGGCUAUCUUACACGGACAUUGCCAGGCAAGGCCUCGCACUCACGGCAGGAAAGAGGCAGACUUUGUCGCCAUGAGUCAGAUAGCAACACAAGCUCUGACAAAGAAGGAAUUCCAGUACACAAACUCAACAGUAGACCAUCUUUUAAUUCUCACAAAUUAAUCCAGUGCGAUACAUUGGCUAGAAAGAAGUUGACCAAACCAAAAACAGAACAUGAACUUAAUGCAAAAAUCAAUGAAGGUAAUGAGUCCCCAGUGGUAAUAAAUCUGUUUGAUAAUUUGAAUUAUCCCAAUCUCACCAACAAACAUAAUAUUCUUAAGUGUGACCCUGACAAAAAUGAUGUAACCCAAACAUCAAAACAAGCACUGACUGAUCACACGAAACUGCGAUUGAAAACUUCUGCAGAUGAUAUGUUUGGAGUAGGGCUGAGAAAACAGAACUCUCCAGAGACAAGGAGAAAGAAGAACAUUAGGAGGAGACACACAGUAGUGGUGCAGAAUGACUUAUCAGAGUUUCACUUUAGAGAAUGCCAGGAUACACCACUGGAAAGUAAAGACAGUGGCUACAGGUCGGGCAAACCAUCCACCAUGCAUCAGUUUGAGAAAAAUGUCAAUUUGAGGGAAACUUUGGAUACUGGAGGAGAUGUACAACCAAUCGAUUUAGAAUCAAAAAAUUGUUUGAUUCACCAGACUGAUAGUUUACAUUCUAAACAGCCAGGACCCAAUAAUAAGCAUUCAAAUAGCAAUAACAAUUCAGAAUGUCAGCAUCCUACUUCACUGUCAUCCCCAUCAACUACCUUGACAUCAGGUCAAGCUAGAGACAGUGACUCAAAUUCUACCAAGCCUGUAACAGACACGAAGGCUCAGAAAUAUGCACCCUCUUCUCGAUUCCAUCAGUACCUCUGAUUGAAAUUAGUUUAGGCUAAAAUAUUCAGGAGCUAGGCCAAGUAAUGGGUUUGCCUUUUUCCCCAAUUAACAAGUUUUACAAAAAAAAGCCUUCUCCUUGAGAGAUAAGCUUAAAAUCUAGCAUUCCAAGUUAAAGUAGCAGUAAUUACUGCACUUUUAUUAUCUUCCCUCAUUCAAACAAUGUCCACUUUGUGAAAUAUUGUUUAUCUGUUGCUUGGAAUUUUUCUAAUUUUCACUCUUCCUCUGAAGAAAUAUGCUAAAGAGACAUUCAAAAUACUCCUUUUUUUAAAAAAAAAGUAAAGCAUUAUUUGUAAAUAACAGGGAAUAAUUUAAAAAUGACUGAUAAAAAAAAGCCUUUUUCAUUAAGAAUAGUUUCUGCAGGGCCUUGAAUGAUCUCUUGCUGUCACUGAAACAAAUGCCAAUAAAAAAUGACCAUUUUCAGUUCCCAACAUAGUUUCUGUGGAGAUUUUUUUGGUUUCCUUUCACAGGCUCAGACAGAGCGACUUUCCAUCUGGAAGUUAAGAAUCCUGAUAUAAUUCUUUCUGUAGACAUCAGAUCUAUAUUCACAAGUGGCUGAUUGGAAUUUUUAAGUGACCCUUGCAAAAAUCAAGAAUUGCAAACUAAAAACACAGGUUAUACUCCAACUAAGUCAGAAGUCACACAACACCAGCAAAUUAAACUAGAGACCCAUAAGUUAACUAUUCUGGUGAAGUACCUUUAACUAAACAUUAACUUAUUUUUGCCUUUAGGUGCUGGCACAACUAUGGACUAUUGCGGAGCAGUGUGGAUUUGGGCUUUAAAAAAAGCAAAUGAUAGUAAAUUGGUUGUAUUUAGUUACUGGUUGGUGCAGUUUAGGUGUUUUUAGAAACUAACAUUUUGAUCAUGCUUUUAUAGUUAGUAUGAAAGCAACUACUUUUUUGAACUUGCUUCUUCUCCUUCUAUUAUCAAUCGGUUUUAAUUUUAAAAAUCUCAGUUUUGGUUGCUCAGUUUAACAUGGUUGACCUGGAAUUCACUGCAGUUGUCUUUCUAGGGUGUAUCCUACUCUAUAGAAAGUAUGUUUCACUUGUUUUGCAUAUUUUGCAAGUAAAACUUGUUGUCUCUCAGUUUCAGUUAACAAAAAGAAAGAAAAAGAAGUGUGAUACAUCGUUAAACGUCUGUCUUGCAAGAAAAACUAAUUAACAAAAUAGCAUUACAUAACAAUUAUAGGCAAAUAUGACUUUCGUUUCACUGAACUGUAGUAGCAUACAGCUAUUUCUCAGUGAAAUCUUUGUCAUAUUAUCCUGUAAUUCCUACUCUCUUGAUUUGGCUCCAGCACUUCCUGAUAGAAUUGCUGUAAUUGAAACUUGCUGAGUGGGGCACAAAUCCUAGUGUCCUUUCACUGAAUUUAAAUAUUGACAGAAUUUGAUACUUAUUUGCCAAAUAUUUUAUCGUUUUUUCCACUUCACGUUCUUGCAUUUUGCGCUUUCUGGAUACCAUCCUUGACUGAGAAUUGGUGAAGAUGAUCAGAUUGCAGCCUUGUGCUGAUCUGUUUGCAGUGAGCACUUUAAGAACAACCUAGGGUGUGUUUAAUACACCCAUACAGGAAUCUUGGGUGUAGGUCCACUCUGUUCAAUUGUUGGAUUUCCUUUGAGGAUUUUCUGUGAAUCUGAGAGAAUGUAGAUUAAAGAAGCAAUCAGAAUAAAACCAUGUUUGACUGACUUAAAAUGUUCCUCAUCUAAGAACCAAUUGUGCCAGAAUGCCAUCCUUAAUUAAAUAGUUCAACCAGAAAUCCAAAUAAGCGCAACCAUCAGCCUUCAGCAAAAAUGUCAACGGUAAGUAAUUUUUAGUGCUUGAGGCUGGUAACUGGUUACUGGUAUGUUAAAUGGGGUGAAGCACUUGGCCAGUAAGUUCCUUGCAGCUGCAUCCACCCUGCUGCCAUAGCUUCAUUAGAAAUGUGGUAUAAAUCCUGUCAUUUCCAAAAUGGGGGUUUUACUGCACUUCCACAGGAGUUGCAGGGUGCAACAUGCGGAGUGGCAAGGGGAUUUCCAAAUCCAUGCAUAAUUUUGAAGAUAAGGUUCAUGACGCUUGAAGUUGACCAAUCCCCUCAUUUAUUUUUGACCCUCAGAAAAUUAGUGAAUUCAUGGUUGUGGACAGAUCAGAUAGUUGACAGCACUUAAUUUGUUUUAAAUAUUUGCUACAGAAUUCAGUCAUGAAACUCUCAUCAACAGGGUACUUGAUUAAAGUUUUCUAACCUAUCCAAGAAUAGGUUUUGCUUAUUACAAUUUAACAUGCUACUAUUCUAUCAGAGAUUUAAUUUAUGUUUAGUUAUUAAGAAUUCAGUUUGUAAAAAGACUUAACCUGUUCUCUUAAAUAUAAUUUUCUACAACUAAUGCACUAAUCACAGAAUUAUUUAUAAUGUGUAUUUAUUUAUUAAAGAUUCAAUUCCCAAUCUAACAAGAUAACAUUUUGUGAUUUAACUAAGAUGUCAUUCUUGCAGUUGCUAUCUCUAUGUUAAAAUAUUUGAUAAAUUGUCUUUAUUAGUGAGAGAAGUAUUUCAUGAAUUGUGCAUCUUAUUAUCAUUAUAACAGAAUGGUCCAAGUAUGUGAUGUUGAAUUUUGAUGUAAAUAUGAUUUGAAAUAGAUUUUAAAACAUUUGUCAAAUAGUUUUUCAUAGAUUCAGUGCUGCUUUAGCGUAAAUUUUUAGUGGUAUUUUACUGUUUGAUAUGUAAAACAUAUAGUAUGAAUUUGAACAUAAAUUUGAUAUUAAUCACAAUGUAAUAAACUGAGGUAGUACUUAGUGUCCAGUACACCCUGCACCUUUAAAGGGACAGCGUAGUAUCAUGGAGUUCACAUCAAUUCUACAUGCAGUUUGUAGUCACAACAGUGUUCAAAAAGGUCCUCUGAUAUUCUCCAGUUAAUCCCAUCAGUAGUUUUGGUUGAGAAUGGUCUCUGGCUUGAUCCUGGUCUUUAUUCUUGACUUUGCUGAACUGAUUGAUCUCAAGUCAGGUGCAGGAAUGCCAGUUAACAUUGGCUUUACACACAGAAAAUAGCUGUUAUUGAAACAUCUAUACACCAAAACUGGUCUGCGCUUUCUGGAACAUUGAUCAGGCAGUCAAAGUGUGGCUGGGAGGUUUUAGUGGACCAGAUGAUAUAUUAAAGAAAUAAAAAAUGAUUUUGUUAAGGGACCUGUACAAAAAAGAAUUCAGAUUAGUUUUGGAAAUAUAAUUUCCGUAGAAUCCUUUUACAUUUCCCACCCAUUUUUGCUUUCCAACAUAAACAUUCCACAUGUUUUCUGCUCUUCAACCAGUUAGAAGUAACAUUUAGUUAACUUGCACUUAUGAAUUUGUUGUCUUGGUCACUCGUCAUGCUAAUGUAACCUUUGCACAUCACAGGAUCACAUGAAUAUAAUUAUAGUUGCAUUAAUUCACACAUGAGAGUGGGUUGGGGUUUGGCUUUGUGCUUUGGAGAGAUUUUCAGUUGAACACCAUAGAUGUUUUAAAAUUUAUUCACUAAUGAGGUAACUGAAAGAUUAGAUUUUUCUCAACUCGCAACACACACAAUUCAAACAAGUCAAAUAAUUAGUCCAUAAUGAAUGAGUAAUUUUAUCCUGGUUUUAUGGGACAGCUGCCUGUUUCCUAUCAAUGGUUGGAUUCCCCAGUUGAACACAGUGCAAAUAAGUUGUAUAUUCUAUCACAUUUUAUUUAACAUGUGAUGGCAAUAGAAUGGCAAUGUGGCUAAUAACUCAGUUGAAAGUAGAUAAUUUAGACUAAUUCCAAAUUCCUGCCAAAACAGCAUGGUUCCGUGGCUCAGGCAGUUAGCAACUGCAUCCAAAGUCAACAUUGCUUUUUUCACAAGCUGCUCAGUACUUUUGAAACAAAUGGCAAAGGUUCUAUAUUGUGUCUCUGACUUGAGCGUUCUUAUUAUCUGGCGGCAACCGUUUAAUUUCCAAACCCCAUUCACACCAUCAAAGAAAGAGAUAAGGAUACAUGUAUUUAACUUGAAACUUCACCAAUAGUGUUCAUGCGCUUUACUCACAAGGUAGAUGAAACAUUCAGCCCAUUUUUGUUCAUACACUGAGGAAGAAUCUACAGCCCCUCAUCUUCUUUGAUCCCUACCCACUGCAGCGUAUAAUAGUUCCAUUGUAACACUCUUCAAGAUUAUGGAUUUAAGCUCCUUUGUAGGACUUGUCUGAUUUACCUCAGUGCUACAAUUAAUUGAUAUGCCAAUUUCCAUGGACCAUCACCUAGUGGACACACCUCAACAAUACUAGUACUGUUUGUUUCUCUGCAAGCACGUGAGGGUU